GUGAGGUUGUUAUUUUUAUUCUUCGGAGUCGAAGCCAAAUAUUCCGGAGAAAGUUUUAACGGUAUUUAUCCAAAAACCGUCAAAACAAUGAACAUUAUAACGAAAAAAGCACAAAAUGUUGGUAGAUCGGUAUUUUUCGGUGCCCAAAGCGUUUGCCGAAAUACCUGUCCACUUCAAAAUACGAUUUUAAAACGAUGUAACAGCAGCAAACCAUCCUCUGGAAUGUUUAAAGGGGUAUUUAAAAUGGGACUUGCUGGUGUUGCUGUGGGUGCUAUCGUCGGUACAGGGUAUACAAUUCAUAAGCAAAAUAACCCUAAGGAUCAUCUUAUUAACGAACAGAGCUUUAUUGAGAUGGUAAAUGAAUUACCAGAGAUUAAACCCAGUCGAGAAGUUCGAUAUGAAAAUGAUCAAAGUGGUUUGAAGUUGACCUUAUUUCAAUACCAAACCUGUCCAUUUUGUUGUAAAGUUCGAGCCUUCUUGGAUUAUUAUGGAGUUUCUUAUGAUGUAGUUGAAGUCGAUCCAGUUUUAAGGCAAUCAAUAAGAUGGUCUCAGUACAAAAAAGUGCCUAUUUUAGUUGCAAAGACAGAGAAUGGGUAUCAGCCUUUAAAUGACAGUACAAUGAUUAUAUCAGCUUUGGCCUCCUACUUAAAAGAUGGUGAUAAAUCUUUGCCAGAAAUAGUAAAGUGUUUCCCAUUUAUAAGUUUCUAUGAUGAAAGUGGUGCAAAGAAAAAUGAAAUAAUGAAUAGAUACUUUUUGAUGUUAAAUAGUGAAAAGUACCAUAAGGAGAAAGAAGAACAAAUGAGCGAAGAACGCAACUGGAGGAAGUGGGCCGAUAAUGUUUUGGUACACACUCUGUCCCCAAAUGUAUAUAGGACAAGGGAAGAAGCCCUUCAGGCCUUUAAUUGGUUUUCAGAGGUGGGUGAAUGGGAAACGAACUUUCCGCCAUGGGAGCGAAGUCUUAUUAUUUAUGUUGGAGCAUCUGCUAUGUAUCUUAUUGGGAAAAGGCUUCAGAAAAGGCACAAUUUAAAACAAGAUGUUAGGCAGAGUCUUUAUGAUGAAUGUACAAAAUGGGUUAGAGAAGUGAACAAGAAAGGAACAAAAUUCCUGGGAGGUGAUAACCCUAACCUGGCCGAUUUAGCAGUUUAUGGAAUUUUAAAUAGCAUAGAGGGUUGUACUGCUUUCAAAGACUUAUUGAAUGAAACGAAAAUCGGCAGUUGGUAUUUUUCGAUGAAAGAUGUGGUGUCACAUCAACAAGGUGCUAAUUUUAUUUAAAAAGUUGUUCAUUUUACUUUUUUAAUGACUUUGUUACUUAAAGAGCCUUUGAUCCUCUUUAAAGGAAAUUGUACACAUUUUAAAUAUUGUAUUUAUUUAGAAUUCUGUUUGUUAUACUAAAAUUAUUGUAAUGUAAAUAAAAUAAUGUUGAUUUGU